CCACAUCUGUAAAAGACAGCGGACUGUCGUCUCGGCUCCGCAGAUCCCGAAGAGUCGCUAGGAAAAGGUACCGAGAUCCACCGAGGGCGGCGGCACCGGGCGGCAGGAAUUCUUCGGAUCCGACAGCGACAUCGUUCAACCCCUACGACAACCAAAAUUCAACAAUCGAAGGAUAGAAUUCAAAAUGUCGCGCACCGAACGCGCCGGGAAAUCGUCCGUUUCUUUUCGUCCAUAUCAGAUUAUCGGAAAUAAGGACAUUCUUCGCGACCUGUUCACCUUCGUUCGCAGGACUGGAGGGGGUGGGAAUUCGCCCCUUCGAUUCAAGAGGAGAAAAAAAUAAGUCGGAAUCAGGAUCAUCCGAAUCUUAACGAUUAUCCGAUCGCCGGGUAAUCCGCAUCCUUCCCGACAAUGAGACCGAGGAGAAUCGAGAGGGUUGAAAUUAUACGGCGAAAAAAAGUUUCGCUCUCCCGAUGCAUUAGACCGAAAACAAGAUGGACGCCACGUUGGAAAGAACUGACAACUUUUCCGUGUCUGAUCUGCACAGUUACACCUGUUUCACCGUAGAGAUCUUCGAGUCCCUUCGUCGGUGGAGUCAGCAGUUUCAUCGAAGGACUUUGAAUUGCCUCCGUCUCCGGUGCUGGGGGUGCAAAGUAACUAUAACCGGAAGGAUCAAAUCCAAAGUCUGGAUCUAUUCCUGUGUAACAAAUGUCUUAUCAAUUAUGCACGCAGGAGCGUAGAGACCCUGUAAAAAGGUUACAAAAGGUAUAGAAUAAUCAACCGAGAACGACGUCGAGCCAGUGUCAAAGGUCAUGGAUAAAAAUCCAGGAGCGCACAAUCGAUAAGGAUCGCGUCUCUUUCUCGUUCCAAAGGGUCCGUCACACGUGGACACGAUUUGCAUUAUACGCGACGCGUGAUCCUGCGUCAGAUCGUCCCGUCCAGAUAACGGAACGAACGAACGAGAACGCCCGAUAAUUAUUCCGCUCCCAAAAAACAAAAAAAAACAAACAAACAAACAAACAAACAAACAAAACACAAAAAAAAAAAAAAAAAAAAUCGAACGGAAAGGCCUCUUCCGGCGCGCGUUACAAUUUUCGGGAUCUCGGACGGUCUGGAGGGCAGCGCAGAAGAAAAGGCGGCGAUACAGAAACGCUUUGUGAAAGAAAGAAAAAAAAAAAAAAAAUGGAAAAAAAGGAAAAAUCGUCGAGGCGAAUAAUGGAGAACAAUAAAAGCGUUGAACCUGGAGCUCGUAGUCGGGGUCCGUGUAACACACAUACCAUACACCGUUGAUCUAUGAAUAGAAUUUUGACGCGGGGUCAGACGUCGUGGCGUCGCGCGUCGCCGAGUGGUGAUGGGCUGUCCUUCUCUCCUUUAAUAACAAGAAUUGACGAUCAGUAUAGAGAAAGAAAAUCAGAUACUAACAUAUAUAUAUAUAUAUAUCAUUAUAAAUGUUCUACAUAUAAACCUUCAUCUUUAUACUCCGAAUUCACUACCACCACUACUACUACCACUACUACUACUACUACUACUACCACCACCUACCACUACUGCAGUGUCGGGAGCGAAUCGUAUAUAAAUAUAUUCGCAUAUUUGAGAAAAUAGGGCUCGCCUGCGAGAGAGAGAGAGAGAGAGAGAGAAAAAAAAAACCUCAUCCGAAACCGCACGCGAUUCGCUUCAGUUUCUAUCUAGUCAAAAUAAUCGCCAAAAUAAUCCUCGCAAGAAGAAGAGGAAAAAAAAAAAAGAAAAGGUUCAUAACCUGGAAAAACAUUCGUUGAACGUCGGCGGUAUCGCCCGAUCGUCUCCGACGGUCGGAAUCGUUGAAUAAUCGAGAGGGCAGUAGGGGAGGUAAAAAAAAACAACAACAACAAAACAAAAAAAACAAAAACAUUCGAAGGAAGGAAAAAGGAAGAAAAUGUAUUCGAAGAAGGCUUCGGAACGUCGCUACGUCGAAGCGGAGGUCGGGGGCAUCAAAGGUCAUCGGAGACUUUGACUUUUGAGCGCGACCGACGAGACGCAGCGCAGACGGAAAUCGAAGACCGAACCACGAGGACGACGUCAGGCAGCUGAGGGCGACGAAUUUUUCGUCUCGAAUCCCGACGAGACCAAGGAAAACGAAGGAAGAAGAAGGGAAGCGUAUCGAAAAAAAUCGGAGGAGAAGAACGAGGAGAAGAACGCGCGGUCCGGGCGCGGAAGGGAAGGGUGAGGGUGAGGUGAGAACGUCGUCUUCCGGACGAGGGGAGGCGAGGUGGCGUUCGCUUAUAUUGAUUCGGGGAACGGUUACGCUUGCGCGGGUGAAAAUUUUCAGCGGCGAGUAGGAGGAGGUGGAGCAGGAGCAGCGGGGUUGGUGGGGGGGGGGGGGGGGGGGGGUGGUCGCCGGCGGACGGACGGACGGACGGAAGUAGAAGACGUUUCACGGGUCCGUAACACCCGCCGCCGUCCGAAGAGGAGAGAGAGGCCUCCCUUUCGGCGAUCGGGCGAGCCCGAGACGCGCGCGCGCGCCCCUCGAUAAUCGGAACUCCCGAAAAAACGGACGGCACGGGGUUUUUCCGUCGGUUUAGCGGAAAACGCGCGCGGCCGCCGGGCCGCGGGGGAAACGUGUCGGAGUCCGGAGGGUGCGCGGAAAGAGUGCGGCCGCCCCCGGUAAACGAAAGAGGAAAGAAGAAGAAGAAGAAAGAAGAAAGAAGAUAGAAAAAAAGAAAGAAAGAAAACAAAACAAAACAAAAAACAAUCAAAAACAAAAGAAGAAGAUUCUUCGGGACGCCGCCGAGCGCGGCGGGCUAUCGAUCGUGGGGCGCCGAUUGACGCGCCGGAUUGCGGAGAGAAGCAAACGAGAGCGACUCGUUCGAGGAGAUUCAAACGAUCGCGCAGGACACCACGUUCGCAGUGAAGUUUGCCGCGGUAGCCGCCGUCGCCGUCGCCGUCGCCGUCGCCGUUAGCGGCGAUAAAAUGGAGGCGGCUCGCCCCGGUGUGCGCCGCAGUUGACGACCGGGAGGGUUUUUCGCCGGCGGUGGAGAACGAAGGAGGACGAGGGAAGAGGACAACGUCGAGAGGGAAACCCACCCGCCCGACCGUUCGACGAGUCGGAGAUAACGAAACCGCGAUAAAAAAAAAAAAAAAUAAACAAAUAAAAUAACAAAAAAAGAAAAAAAAAAAAAAAAAAAGAAGGCGACGCGCCAGCGCCGGAGAAUUUCCGUAACGCGGCUCCGGGGCUCCCCCACCCCCCCUCCCUUUCCCUCCCUCCCUCCCCCCUCCCUCCCUCCCUCCCUUCCUCCCCCCGAUGUUUGAACUGCCGUGCGCGGCGUCUGACGCUGAUAAAAGAUAACGCGAACGUUUUUUCCUCGAGCGGGUCGAGUUGACGCGACGCUUUUGGAACGCUGCGCUGCGUUAAAGGAAACUACAGUGAGGGGAGAAGACCAAAAUUAGUUUUGUUUUCUUUGGAAAAUCCGUAGGAGUAGGGGAAAAAAAAAAAAAAAAAAGGGGCGCGACGGUAAUUAGAAUGGCGAAAAAUGUGGUGUCGGUCGAGUCGGUGGUGCGUUACGAUAAUCUCGUUUACACGGUGUUCGUCGAGAGAAACGGUGCCGUUAAAAAAAAUGAAGUGACGAAUCAGACGGGGGUGAGUAGUAGCAGGGAGCCAUCCGAGAACUCGUAUUCCGCGGAGCCGCGAUAACGCGUGUACGCGAAUUUUUCGUCUAGACGCGGGAAAAAAUAAAAUAUUGAAAAAAAAACGCGUGUGCGCGCGCUCGCUCUCUCGCUCGCGUGUUCGUGCGUGCGUGUCUGAUAUUAUUGCCCCGCUCGCGCUCCAAUCCGAAAAUGACGAACGUCGAGGGACCUUCUUCGUCGAGGGCGGAAAAUUUCUCCGGUGCGGAGAGCGCGCCGCUCAGGGAGCCGGACGUCCAACUGACGGAGCUGCUCCCCGUAAAAAAGAUGGCGGCGAUCACGGAGGACGAGGCGGUAGCCGACGCGUUCAAAGCGUUGCGCGAGGGCAACAAACACUUUUCCAUAAACGGUGGGGAAUUCAGGGGCGACGAAAACGAGGGGAGAAUCGAUAACGGAGGAGAGGAGGGCGCCCCGAGGGCGACCGGCGAGAAACGGGGUAACCGAGUCCACGACAAGCGCGUCAAGUACCUGGAAAAUCGCGCGAAGACGAAACAACGUGUACGAACGCAGGAGGCGAAGAGGAAAAUCGCCGUAGUCGGCGGCGGCGGCGGCGGCGCGUUCGACGAUCCGUCGAAAAUCGAAGCGAGACGCGCCUCGGAUUCCGCCGACAACGCGAAGGGAGAGGACGACGAUCACGGCCUGCGCGAGAAGAUAGACGCGAUAAUCCAGGCAAACUACGUCCUAGAGCGUAAAAACAACAACACCACGCGCGAAAAUUUGAACAGUCCGAAGAACUCGGAGUCCGCGGAAAACUCCGACGGCGGUGCGUCCGGCGGGACGGAGGGCGCGGGCCCCCGCCCCCCACCGAAAAAGCACAGGUGCGCCAUAUGCAAGGCGAGAUUCAAGGGGAGCGGCGGCCUCAGGACCCACUACAAGGUCGUGCACGCGGCCGGUCCGACCUUCACGUGCGACGAGUGCGGCAAGGAGUUCCCGCUCAAGGAACGACUGAAACUCCACGUGAGGACGCACACCGGCUACAAGCCCUACAAAUGCAACGAGUGCGAGAAGAGCUUCGCGCGCGGCGGUCAGCUGGUCCAGCACCGGCGCACGCACACUCAGGUGAAACCCUACCGCUGCCUCAUCUGUCCGGGGACGUUCUCGUGCGCGGCCAAUCUCGCCCUCCACGUGAAACGUCACAACGGCCAGAAGGACCACAAGUGCGACAUAUGCGGCCGGGCGUUCGUCAGGCGAGACGCGCUCAAGAAGCACCUCGAGUGCCUCCACAAGGACGUGAAGUCAUUCCUGUGCGUGAUAUGCAACAAAACGUUCAAGGGACACCUGCCGCAGCACAUGAGGACCCACGCGCAGGACAGACCGCACGGUUGCGCUACCUGCGGCCAGAGGUUCGCCCAAAAAUCGCAGCUCACCGUCCACCAGAGGACGCACUCCGGGCAGCGGCCGUUCCGCUGUUUGGUCUGUUGGCAGGCCUUCGCGCAUUCCACCGCCCUGAAGUUGCACACGAGACGGCACACGGGCGAGAGACCGUUCAAGUGCGCCGAGUGCAACGCCGGUUUCACCCAAUUGCCACACUGGAAGAAACACAUGCGAUGCGUCCACGGUAGGACGGAUCCCUACCGCUGCAAGAACUGCGACACAUUUUUCAGGAUAAAAAACGACCUGGAGACCCACGAGAAGGGAUGCGUCGUCGAGGAACAGAGGCUGGGGAACCCCGAGGCCGAGAAUCGGGGGGGUUCGGGUCGCCCCGUGGUACCGAAGUACCGGAUCAUGACCGUUGAGAAGAUGAGGCUGCUCCUGGCGGUUUUGUUCAAGAGGAUCUCGAAACCGGAACGGCUGGACGAGUUGGGAUUCGGGAAGCGAUUGAUAGACCAGGUCCUGGAGGACUCGUUGCUGUCCGCCGGCAAAUAUCCCGCGGAGAGCAACGAUUCCAGCGAGUUCGAGGUGCUGAAGAAAAAUUUGGCCACUUUUUUGGAGUGGACGGUGCCCAGGGAGCACUGGGAGGCUUUCAAGAAAUUGAAUAAAACGCCCGAAGAGAUACUGGAGACGCUGACGGUCAGUCAGUAGAGUUUGCGUGAGUUUGGUUGUUUUGUUUUCUUUGCUAUUUUGCUGAUUUGCUAUUUUUUUUUGUUUUUUUUUUUUUUGUUUGAUACAACUCCAAAGGUCAACCAAAUAUUUAUGUAGUAUUUAGAGCUGUGUUACGUGCAGUUGAUGAAAUCAAACCAAAUACAUAAAAUUAUAUCCUAAUGAGCGUAUAGUAGGUAGCGGUUAAGGAAACGAAAUGAAAAUACCUAAUAUUGUCGCUGUUGGCGAACGGCCGAUUGUGAGAAAGACUAAAAAUUGUUCUUCGUCUGAUGAGAAAUUAUAGUGGUUAAGCCGUACGUUAUUGUUAUAGAGAAUUCGCGGGGCGGCGUUCCAAUUUCGAAAGAAGUAAAAAAACCAAAAAAAACUAAGAAACAAACGAAACAGACAAACGAAAAUCGUCCAGGAUUCACUGAACAAAUUGGACGCUUCCGCGGUUCGGAUUGUAAUAUCUUUGUAGUGCCAUUUGUCGCUGUCCUUGCCAUAUUUUAUAGAAAAAAACAAAAAAAUAAUAAUAAUUUAAUCGCGCCAUUAUUGUUUACGAUACGAUACGAUAGCUCGUCUGUAAUAUUACAUUACUUACUAUUAUAUCGAUUAAAUCCUGAAAACGUAUCGUUUUAGCCGAUCAAAUCCGACGAGGACUACGGUCUCCGGAUUUGAAAAAGAAAAAAAAAAAGUGAGGAACGGAAAAACCCAACCUAACCCCACACUCGAUAUAAACUUUCGAUCGCGAUUCGAUGUCCUCGUCGGAUUUAUCGAAUUGUUACGUUUGAUAAGGAUAUUCAACGCUUGCCAUAUAAAAAAGAGAAAAAAAAAAAAAAAACAAAUCAUACAUACCGAUUGAUUGUAUGUAUUUAUCCAUGAUUACAUAUAGAUGUGAAUAUUUAUUUGUUUCAAAUAAUCGUUUUUCAAAUAUUAUUUCCAAAUAGUAAAAUGCCAAAUGAUUGAGUAUAAGGGAGAGAAAAAAAAAAAAAGAAAACGAAUUUUUUAGUUUAUGUUUAUAUAUUUAAUAAAAAGUUCUAAUAUUGUUAUAUACUCGUAGAUGUGUCGCCGAGUUUACUACCGUAACCGGGGCUAGAUUAUCUAGACAACUAUUGCCAUUAUUAUUAUUAUUAUUAUUAUCAUUAUUAUUAUUAAUAUUAUCGUCAUAUAGAUAUUUCACUGGUUAGAUAGACGUUUAAAAAAUGUGACCAGACAAUAAAUAAAUGAAAGAAGAAUAAGAAAAAAGAAAAACGAAUAAACUAAUAUAUAAUAGGGUUAAUAUAUUAUUCUAACGUAAUGUAUGUAUACUAUGUUAUGUUACGUCUGAAACCGAUAGUAAGUCAAGAUGCACAUCCUGAGGUGUAUUAUCCAAAUCGGGAUAAUUUAUCAGAGGAAAUAAAGUAGUGGCCAGAUCGAGGUAGAAAUUAAACGAAAUGAGUCGACGAACGAGGGGAGAGUCGAAACUCCUUUCAAGAAAAAAAAAAAUUUUCUCGCAACGAGCUGAUCGCGCUCGCCGAAUAUGAGAGAUUGAAUUUUUUAGUAAAAAUCGCAACUGCACCGUUGUGCGUGUGUUCAACCGCGAAUUGGAAAUUAGUCGUAACGAGGCGCUUAAGUUAACUCUGUGUAAAUCGCACGUCAAUAAUCCUAUGAAACAAACCAUAUGACGUGUGUCGCUUUAACGGACCCUACAUAUUAGAAGUGAUAAAAAAAAAAAAAUAGAAACGUCGCUAUUCUUGCUUCCGAUGCGUGAUAAUUUCUGCGGUACUCGGCCAUCGCUCCACUGCCCCUCGCUGAUCAAAAAUGCGAUCUACGCGCAAUUUUUCGAGCACCGAGAUUUGACUGAUUCCCGAAUAAUGUUGACGUUGUAUCGUUACUCUCGCCGUUAGAAAGUGAGUCAUUAGAAUUGUUUUUUUUUUUUUUUUGUUCUUUUGUUUGUUUUUUUUAGUCUAGACUUUUAUCACUCAUCGAAGGUCGCAACGACUACCUCGGUUCCGAUCGGAUUGUGGAUUAUUGUUCGACGAUUUGCAACGAUUAGGCGAAUUCGUUGAAACCGUCUAUCUGAUUAUUCAGUUUGAUUUUUGGUGCCAAAGCGAUUUUCCUAACGCCAUUAGUGCUGAACGGUACCGAAUUUAAUUUUGUUAUCGCUAAUCAAAAGUAGCAUAAAUUAUAUCGUCAUUGAUUAUAAGUUUAAAAAAAGUUGUUUAUGUAUUAUUAUAGUUUAAACCACAUUAUUGCGUUAAUUUUCAUACUUAGAUUAUAUAAUUGAAACGCCCGCAGGCUCAGGUCGGCUCUGAAAGAUGCCCGACCGUGUUCGAUCGACCCCCCCC